UCCCUUUAGGGGCUUGGGCCAAUGCACUGCCCUUCCACACUGGUGCUGAAUGACAAGAAGACAGAGUACCCUCUGCCUGAACCGUGCCUUCCUCUGAACUUCACCAACAGCACUGGGCUUCGAUACGAGAUGGAGGAAGUGAGGCACUGCCUGUUAAAAGGACUUAAGGAGAGGCCACGGAUGCCUCUGGCUGACUCCAUCCUACUGACAGAAAUCAUGGAUGAAAUCAGGAAACAGGUGGGAGUUGUCUUCAGAAAAUUCUUCAGACAGAAAAUGACAUCAGUCCAUAGAAGUAAAUUCUUCCUCUAAUCUUUAAAGUAAGUUUGUUCAGCAACAUCUACAUAUAUAUGUAUAUAUGUGUGUGUGUGUGUGUGUGUGUAUAUAUAUGGUAGUUCAUCUCCUUGAAUGUGUUGAAAUUGGUUUGUGUAAAAGCAGACUAUAGAGACUGUUUUUCUUUUGUUUUAUAUGAAUUAUAUCAGCAGCAAGUUAUCAUUUCUGAAAAAAUUGCAGUUCUCUUUAAAUCGGUAAUUAAGAGA